AGUCGUACAUACUUCACUGACUAUUGGCUCAAACGUUGAAGAAGUUAUAUGGAACAACAUACAUUUCAUAAUGUGGGAUCUGGGUGGACAGCAGUCCCUCAGAGCUGCUUGGUCCACCUACUAUUGCAACACUGAGUUUGUGAUAGUGGUCAUUGACUCAACAGAUCGCAGUCGUCUGGAUUUGAGUCGUGAAGAACUUUAUAAAGUGUUAAACAAUGAUGAACUAUCUUCAGCUGCGAUUCUUGUUUAUGCCAACAAACAAGACAUGAAAGGUGCAUUAACUGCUGCAGAGAUCAGUAAACAUUUAAACCUGACUUCCAUUAAGAAACAACAGUGGCAUAUCCAAGCUUGUUGUGCGUUGACUGGUGAAGGAUUGUAUCAAGGGCUAGAAUGGAUAUGCAGUCAAUUGAAGAACAAAUAAACGCUUUUGUUGUUAUUAUUUUUUUAUAUGAUAAUUAAAAAAAUUCUUUUUGUAGAUAAUCAAAUGUGUAAAAAAUAUAUUAAUCAAAGUAAGUAUAAAUUAUUGAAAUAUAUUAAAAAUAAAAUGUAUAUAUAAUUUUAAAGUUAAAAUAAUUAAUAACUAUUCUGUAUAA